GCCUGACGAUCGACGUCGAGACCUAUUUGCUGUCGUUCCGCCACCACUUCGCGCGCGCCGAGCGGCAGGUGACCGACGCCGACGCCGCUUUCUUCAACGGCGCUGUCUCCUCGCACCUCGAGUGGCGGUCCGCGCAUCCCGUCGCCGCGGGGCAAGAGGUGGAAGUCCAGCGCCGCCACUUCGAUUUGGCCGUCAAGGACAACUGUGAGAAAUACUACUUACCAGGCGACGCGUUCGCCUGUCCCUGCGGAUGGCGGGUCGCUGGCCCCCCCGGGAAGUCCAAGCUGCACCUCGGGGCCGCCGAGAGGCAUUGGGCCAAGUGCCAGCCAGGAUCUACAUGGAUCCCAGAGAAUUCGAGACAGAUCAGGCGACGCCUCGACCAGGCCCGGCCCGCUGGGGCGAAGGCGCGGGAGGCGAAGGCUUGGAAUUUCUACCUGCAACGGCGCACUGCCCUCCCGGUACACCUCCGGGACAUCGCCCAUGACCUCGAUAAGGACACUGCGACCAAGAGCAGGGGUGGCGGAAAGAAUUUCUGGCUGGUGCACGCUUGCAGGAAUUCCAUCUCCUGCGUGAACACCGCGGCCGUGUUCUUCUCCCCGUGCCGCGCAGCACCCAUCGACAGGCGCAUGGCCGCCCUCGAUUACAGGGCAGCCACCCACGACGUCUUCGUCGCAGCCAAGCUGAUCGACAAGAGGACCGCGCACCCCAACUUGCGGGACAGCCCGUCUUUCCAGCGCCAGAAACGCGUGGGCAGGGGACGUGUCGCCCCGCGCGCCCCUGGCAUCCCCCAGAAGGCCGCGAACCCAGGGCAACGGCGGCGCAAACAGAAGCCACAGCCUGCGCCUACGCCGGACGGCCUGCGAGCCUGGUUCUGCAAGACGAACGGGCUCCACGAUAAAAAUGGCAAGGGGAAAUGGGACAGGAUCAGGGGGCAGCUCGACGCCACCCGCGCCCGCGUCGGCUGCGUCGUCGACACGAACAUUGACGAAUCUCGCGCCAGCAGCUUCGGGAAGUUGGUCGCAUCAGUUUUUCCAGCACAUCUCGCGGUGCCGGCGCCCCCUGGCGGUUGCCAGGGCGGCGUGGCAUUGUUUGGGCCGAAUGAGUUACGCAAGGAUCCGUGGAAGUGGUCAUCUGACUUCGACGGCAGGAUGGUUUCUGGCAUCCUGCGCGCCAGCGGCUCCGACAUGAUCAUCAUCGGCGUGUACGUGGACGUCAAGGACACGCACGCUCGCAGGAAGCUCGCGGACGCCAUCGCGGUCCAAGUGGCCGCGUCUGCUCGGCAUUUUGGCCAGCGUACACGGAAGCAUGGAACCGCGGUGAAGAAGUGGCAGAGGACCUUCCGGGGAGCUCAAGGGCACCGGAUGGGCGUCGCGGAGCGGCGGCUGCACCGACUGCUGCGACGCAUCACCGAGCAGCCAUUCAAGGACAAAGCCGGGCAGGCCGUCAAGCAGUUCAAUGCGAAGCAGCGCGCCAAGCUAGACGACUAUCACCAGAACAUGUAUUUCGAGAUGGUGCGCGGCUCCAUCGGAACCAUACCUGCUCCUGCCGAGGACUGGUGCUUCGAGGACAACACCGGCGCGCUCUGCGCCGCCCUGCGGGCGAUCGCCUACACGGCCGCUGGCUCUUGCGACCUCGACGCAGGUAUCCUCGCCAAGGCCCCCCAGGAGGCGAUCAACUCUCUCGGUGCCCUGGGCGACGUCAUCUGGUCCAGCGGCAGGUGGCCCAAGGCGCUCCUGACGGCAGUGACCACCAUGAUACCGAAAAUCCGCGACGGCGCGCUCGCGGAGGACCUGCUGCCGAUCACUGUCGGCGCGGCGGUGUUUCGCGCCUUCCAGAAGGAGAUCCUUGGACGGUACAAGAACUGGGCCGACGAGGUGCAGCCCACGAAUGCCAUCCACAACCUCCUCACCAUGGACAUCGAGAUCGGGGCCGCCCGGGAGUCUGGCGAGCCCUUCAUCGCUCGGCGACCGGACCUGUCAAAUUGCUCCACCAGGCUGCAGCCAGAACUCGCCCACCGCCUUGCCAUGGAGUUCGGCAUGCACGAGGUGGACAGCCGAUUCUUUGUCUUGUCGGCCGUCGGCACGUCCGUGGUCGUGAAGGACCGCGAGAGGGCCGGCACGCCUCUCCAGGGGCACGUGGGCCUCCUCGGGGUUCGCUUCGGCCUCACCGGCGCCGCUCCGCCUGCGGCGGCCCCCAAGCUGGCCAUUGACAGCGUCUUCAGGGUCGUUCUCUGCUCCCUGGGCCUCUUCCGCUGGGAUGCGCCGUGGUGCGCUACGAAGACCGCAGACAUCAGCCCCAUGCGCACCCGCCUGGAGCAGGCCAUUUUUGGCCCUCGGCGCCACAGGACAUGGAGACACGGGGUGCCGCCUGGUGCCUCCGAGACCAGGGGAUGGAAGAUCGAGCCCCUGGGCGUAAUGUUCUCCAGCUUCCUCAGCUUCCUGCGCUGCGCCAGGAACGGCCACCUCCAGCCGCUCGUCCGCCAGGCCUGGAGGUCUGCAGCGGGAGGGCCACCGCUCCUCGCGAAUCUGGCAGCGCGGACGCGCGGCGUGUUCGACAGCAUGGGCCGGCAGUGCGGCAGCGGCCCGCACGAGCCAACCUUUGCGGGGACGUCCUUCGCAAUCUCCCUCUCCGAGGGCAAGCUCGAGCACGGCAAGCUCGAGCAUUGCGUCCGCGAGGCGCGGCGCGGGCUCAUGGUGAGAGACGCCAGCACCACCACGAACCGCAAGGAGCGGGUGGACUUGCCGAGCCUGGACGUCAGGACGCUCCGCGAGUUCACAAACAAGCAGCCCGCGGCUCGACGCACGUGGGCUGGGCGAUGUGCAGGCGGGGCUGAACCCAGCCUGGAUCGCCUUCAUCGCAUUCGUGCUGAUGUUCCAUACCGUUGCGAGCAGUGUGGCGUCCCGGCCACCGCUCGACACAUCCUAGCAGCGGGCCAGGUCAGGGAUACACCCGCACAGUUUGCUACGCAUUGGUGA